ACGUGUUAUUGAUAUAAAUAAAUUUUCAAAAACAACUUUUUUUUUCUUAAGACAUUUUGCAGUUCAAAAUCGUCGUCGCUUGUGAGAAGGAUCUCGAUAGAAAAUAAUUAUAACAAAUAAAUAUAGCUAUAGUUAAUAAAUAUUAAUAUAUAAUAACAAUAAUAAUAAAGAAUUACAAAAUGGGCGAGAAUGAAAAAGAUUUAGUUAAAAUGAACCCAAAAGUUUUAAAACGUUUUCGAGAAGUAAUGGAGACAAGUGAGGAAAGCGCUUACGUAACAAUGGCUAACGAAAAAGCGGCCAUAAGAGAAAAAGGUGGUAGGAAGGGAGAAUUAGGUUUCGAGAGUUCCAGAACUAUAGCGAAAACAAAGCAAGAAAUAAAAGAAGAGAAAAUUAAGGAAGAGAAAAAAGCUGUCGAAGAAUUUCAAACACAAACUGAAAUACUUUUGAGUACGCCUACCCCUGAACCAGUCGAAGAAGAAGAAGAAAUAGAGGAGCCAGUUAUUGAUGAAGCCGCCGAAGCUGAAUUUCGCAGACGAGUUAUGGAAGAGCUACAAGAAAGUUUCAAGCUGUUCGAUAUCAAUGGUGAUGGUAAGAUCUCACUUCACGAGUUGAUAUCUGUCAUGAACUCAGUUGGUGCUGGAGUGUCAAUGGAAGAUGCGCAAGAGAUUUUAGAACUCGUUGAUGAGGACGGUGAUGGAGAGAUAAGUUUUGAGGAGUUUAAGAAAGUCAUGCAUGAAAAGAUGGUGCAGGGAACAGUUGAGGAAGACCUUCAAGCUGCAUUUCAGGUUUUUGAUGCAGAUAACGAUGGUUUUAUAUCACCGAGUGAGGUGCAAAGCUUGUUCCUUAAACUUGGUGAAAUGAUUACUAUCAACGAGGCUGCUGACAUCAUGCAGACGUGCGAUUUGAAUCAAGAUGGUUUGAUUGAUUUUGAAGAAUUUAAACUGUUCUAUAAUCGAGUGUUGGGACACCAUACCAAAGCCACUCUAGCUGUACCUUCUUCAAACAAUAACAACAUGGACGACCCAGGUUCCUUUACGUUUGGAUAAUGCACCGUCGGCCGAUUUCAUCAUGCCUUAAUCUUCUCUAGUAAGAAAUGGCAAACACCGUAAGCGUAUCUCAUUGACACAUUUGGAGGGCCAACGCCCUAUGAGAAUGCUACAAGAGAACUUACACGACAUUUUCACUCGAUCACAAUGCAAUCACCGCCUUAAACGCCGGAAGCCGAAUUAGUUGUACACGCGUUUAUGUAUAUAAUAUUGAUAUAUUUUUUAAUAAACAUAGGUUUUGUUAACUUUUAUAAAAA